AUGAACAUCUCCCAACCCAUCUCGUCGUCCAUCGAGACGGUCGAGUUCACUUUCCUCACCGACGAAGAAAUCAAGGCUAUCUCCGUCAAGCGCAUUGAGAACGACAGCACGUUUGACAACCUCCUCAACCCCGUUCCUGGCGGUCUCUACGACCCGGCUCUUGGAUCAUGGGGCGAUGCUCUCUGCGCCACCUGCAACUUGAAUCAAUCUUCGUGCCCGGGCCACGCCGGUCACAUCGAGCUACCCGUUCCUGUCUACCACCCAAUCUUUCUCGACCAGGUUCUUCGUCUUCUGCGAUCGCAAUGUGUCUACUGCAAAGGUUUUCGCAUGCGCCAUCGUGAAAUCAACCGCUACUCGUGCAAACUCCGACUCCUGCAACACGGUCUCCUCCACGAGGCCCACCUCGUUGACGCCAUUGGCGAAGAGCUCAAGGGUCUCGCCCUGCCCGGUGUGCCCACUGACUAUGAGAGCGAGGCCGAAGAAGAAGGAACUUCUUCUGUCGACAACAUCAUCGGUGCGAGGGAAGCCUACGUCCGUCAGGCUCUCAAGUCGCACAAGCUUAGUCUUGGGGAAGUGAGGAAGGGCAAACAUGAAGGCGCUAUAGAGAUGCGCAGGGAGCUUAUCAAGGACUUCUUGACGCAAAUCACCAAACCGCGGCGAUGCGACAAUUGCGGCGGCAUAUCGCCCGCCUACCGUAAAGACCGCUUCGUCAAGAUCUUCGAAAAGGCCCUCAGCGAGAGGGAUCUUGCUCAGAUGGCCCAGAGAAAUCUUCACGUCAAAGACUCCAUGGCAACAGCAGCCCGCGUCCGCAAAUCCAAGUCAAAGCGGAAUGCUGUCGAUGCCGAUGAAGGCGUCGCUGACAUUGACAUGACUUCAGCCGAAGAAAAUGAUGUUGAAAUGCGCGAUGCUAGUGAUGACGAGCAGGACUUGGCGGAUAAGGAAGAUGGAUCACUAGUCGAUGCCGUCGCCGUCGCCCCCGGCCAGCAGCGCUAUAUCAGCGCAAUGGAGGUUCGCGCAAGACUGCGGGAGCUAUUCGAGAAGGAGCAAGACAUCAUGUCGUUGGUGUACAGCUCGAAACCGAUGACCAAGAAAUCCGCCAAAGUAUCUGCAGAUAUGUUCUUCAUCCGAACCAUCCUUGUCCCGCCGAACAAGUUCCGGCCCGAAGCUCGAACUGGCGACUCUCAAAUCUCCGAGGCCCAGCAGAACUCCCUGUACAAGAUGAUCAUGCGGAAUUGCGGGAACAUUGCGAGGAUACAUCAAAGCGUCGGAGCUACAGACCAGUAUGGACGACCGAGAGACAUCACCGACUUGCAUCAAGUAUGGACAGAGUUACAAGAGUCCGUCAACUCGCUGAUCGACAAGAGCAAGAACCCUGUCCAAGGCGCAGCCGCCAAGAGGAACGAGGAUGGCAUCAAGCAAAAGCUGGAGAAGAAGGAGGGCCUUUUCCGAAAGAACAUGAUGGGAAAGCGAGUCAACUUCGCAGCCCGAAGUGUUAUUUCGCCUGACCCAAACAUCGAAACCAACGAGAUCGGUGUGCCCCCCGUCUUCGCGCGCAAACUUACUUACCCCGAGCCGGUGACGAGUCACAACUUCAGAGACAUGCAACAAGCGGUCAUCAAUGGCGUUGACAAGUGGCCCGGAGCGGCUGCCAUCGAGUAUGAGAAUGGACAAAUUGUCAACCUUCGGUCCAAGUCUGUGGACGACCGUGUAUCCCUCGCGAACCAACUUCUCGCGCCAACCAACAACCAAAUGAGCGGUAUGAAGAGCAAAAAAGUGUACCGGCACCUGACAAACGGCGACGUCGUCUUGAUGAACCGUCAGCCGACGCUGCACAAGCCGUCCAUAAUGGGCCAUCGUGUCCGUGUGUUGCCCGGAGAGAAGACCAUUCGCAUGCACUACGCCAACUGUAACACGUACAACGCCGACUUCGACGGUGACGAAAUGAACAUGCAUUUCCCACAAAAUGAAGUUGCUAGAGCAGAGGCUCUGCAAAUUGCCGACACGGACCAUCAAUAUUUGUCGGGCACGGCUGGUAAACCUCUCCGUGGUUUGAUUCAGGACCAUCUUUCGGUUUCCGUUGCGCUUUGUAACAAGGACACCUUCUUCGACCGUGACUCGUAUCAACAGCUCAUCUACUCGGCCCUCCGUCCAGAGAGCGGCCACAUUCUUGGCGAGAGGAUCGAGCUUCUCCCCCCCGCAGUAAUCAAGCCCAGGCCCCGAUGGACAGGAAAACAGGUCAUCAGCACAAUACUCAAAAACAUCAAGCCACCCAACGGCGAAGGUCUUUGGAUGGCCGGAAAAUGUCAAGUCAAGGGCGAACAGUGGGGCAAGAGUCAUGUGGAGGAAGGCAGUGUCCUUUUCCAAGACGGACAGUUCUUGACAGGCAUCCUCGACAAGGCCCAUCUAGGCCCCAGCUCGGGAGGCCUCAUCCAUUCCAUCCACGAAAUCUAUGGACCUGCCGUCGCAGGCAAGCUGCUCAGUGGCAUGGGACGACUCCUUACCAGAUACUUGAACAUGCGGGCCUUCACUUGCGGUAUGGAUGAUUUGCGACUCACGUCCGAAGGCGAACAGGCUCGGCGGGAGGCUUUAAAGGCAGCCAGAACUAUUGGCCUCGAGGUCGCGGCCAAGUAUGUCUCACUUGAGGACAAGGCGCCCAACAGCACAGACCCGGAGCUUCUCAUUCGCCUGGAGGAGGUCAUGCGAGACGACACCAAGCAGGAGGGUCUCGAUAUGCUCAUGAAUCAAAGCUCCGGCAUGGUUUCAAGUGCUGUAACGACGGCUUGUCUGCCCGUCGGCUUGGUCAAGCAGUUCCCCAAGAACCAGAUGCAGUCGAUGACAACUUCCGGUGCCAAGGGUAGUCAAGUCAACGCAAAUCUCAUCUCUUGUAACCUUGGACAGCAAGUUCUUGAGGGUAGAAGAGUUCCUCUCAUGGUUAGCGGAAAGUCUUUGCCGUGCUUCAAGCCCUUCGAGACGGAUGUCCGUGCCGGCGGCUACAUCGUUCAACGGUUCUUGACCGGUAUCCGACCCCAAGAGUACUAUUUCCAUCACAUGGCUGGUCGUGAAGGUCUUAUCGACACAGCCGUCAAGACUUCUCGCUCAGGUUAUCUGCAGAGAUGUAUCAUUAAGGGCAUGGAGGGAUUGACGGUGACCUACGACUCGACGGUGCGAGAUGCGGAUGGUACCCUCGUGCAGUUCCUCUACGGCGAAGACGGCCUCGACCCGACCAAGCAGAAAUACCUCACUGACUUCAGCUUCGUUCUCCGCAACGUUGGGUCUGAGUCAGCCCAGCUCAAUUUCAGCAAUGGCUUCAAGGAGAAGCUUGCCGGCAGCAAGGAUGAAAUCCUUAAGCACAUGAAGAGUGCCAUCAAGCACGCCAAGCUCAACAGUGCUGCAGCCAAGGAUCCUAUCAUCUCCAUGGUCAAUCCAGCGAGAGUGGCGUUCGCCACGUCGGAGAAGUUCUACGAACAAAUGACCAAGUACAUUAAGGACAACGAGGACGGCCUCAUUCGCGAUAAGUCAGCUGUCUCGUCUGGCUUGAUCAAUGCCCCUGCCGUCAGCAAAAAGUCAGCAGAGCUUGUCUUCGCUGCCAAGUACAUGCGAUCGCUUGUCGAGGCGGGUGAAGGCGUCGGUAUUGUUGCUGGACAGAGUGUGGGAGAGCCCUCGACGCAGAUGACGCUUAACACCUUCCAUUUGGCUGGCCACUCGGCAAAGAACGUCACGCUCGGUAUCCCUCGUCUCCGCGAAAUCCUUAUGACGGCGAGCCGAUCCAUCUCCACCCCGGCCAUGAAUCUUCUCCUUCACGAGGAGCUUUCCGCGGCUGAGGGAGAAGUGUUUGCAAAGUCGAUCAGCGUCCUGCCCCUGGCUGACGUGCUUGACACAGCAAUCGUGAAUGAGCGCAUCGGCAAGGGCAACAACGGUGCUCUGGCCAAGCUCUACGACGUGCGACUCAACUUCUUCCCCGCCAACGAGUAUACCAAGGCCUACGCCAUUGACACAAGCGAUGUUAUGGACACGAUUGAGAAGCGCUUCCUUGACCACCUCUUGAAGAUCAUGGUCCGCGAGAUCAAGAAGCGCCGUAGCGAGUCCACCUCGGCGACCCCCGAUGUCGGUGUCAAGGCUGGCGUCGUGGAAAUGGCGACUGGCAACGGCGAGGCAAGAGCUGCCAAUGACGAUAACGACGAAGAUGACGACGAUGGCGACAACGACGCCACGAAUGCCAAGAAUAAAGCGAAUCGAGAAGAGGCUGUGUCGUAUGGCCCUAACGACGACGAGGAUGACGCAAUCCAGCGACAGAUGGAGCGCGAGAACUCUCCCGAAGAAGACGAAGGUUUCGAAGGCAGCCCGCCGCCGCGUACAGACAAGGAUGGCUCAGAUGAUGAGUAUGAUGGUGACGGUGACGUGGACAGCGACGAGGGUGCUCUGAGAGCUGAGCGCGUCAAAGACCGGUAUCUUCGCGUCACCAAGUUCCGCAACGACGAGGCAGGAGAGUGGUGCGAGUUCACGCUCGAGUUCGAGGCCAACACUCCCAAGGUUCUCAUGCUCAACAUUGUGCAAGCGGCCGUUAAGAAGUCGGUCAUCCAGCAGAUACCUGGUGUCGGUUCAUGCACAUUUACGGCGGAUCACAAGAUCAAGGAUUCGGCGGGCAACGAUGUGUCCGUGCCAGCUAUCUACACGUCGGGAUGUAACCUCAAGGCGAUGCAGAAGUAUGGUGACUUCAUCAACCCCAACAAGAUUGCGACCAACGACAUCGGCGCCGUGCUCGAUGUGUACGGUGUUGAAGCAUGCCGAAAUAACAUAGUCUCCGAAUUAGCAGGCGUUUUCAGUGGCCACGGCAUCAGUGUCGACAACCGACACUUGAACCUUAUUGCCGACUACAUGACACGCAACGGUGACUACACGCCCUUCAAUCGCAACGGCCUGCGGGGUAACGUGAGCCCCUUUACCAAGAUGAGUUUCGAGACGACGUUGGCCUUCUUGAAGGAUGCUGUCCUCGAUGGUGACUGGGACGAUCUCAGAACACCCAGUGGUCGUAUCGUCAUGGGCCGCCUGGGCAAGAUCGGCACGGGUGCCUUUGAUGUCUUGACGGCGCUGCCUACGCACCACAUGUCUUCCAACGCCGAGUAG